AUGCUAGAAAAAAUACCUGAGUCAAUCGACUCUUCAAGCCAAAAUUCUUAGUUCUACCAAGAAUAUAACAAUGUACUGCAUGGUUUUGAGAGAGGAUCGCUAAGUGAGGCUGGAAGAGUUUAGAAUAUGAUAAAUAUGGACGAGCCAGAGCAAAUUAAAUAGUUGAUUUUAUACAGGCCAGAUAGAGAUAAGCAGUACCCUAAAUAAAAAAACUAAAAGAUGCAGGAUCAAAUACUUAAAAAUUUUGAAAAAUUUGAAAGGGAAGUUAUCACAGAUUAAAAAUAUUUGCCUCUUAAGUAAAGAUCAAUCCUUAAAAAUGCAUAGAUUGAGGGAGCCCAGUUAUCUAACAUCUCUCAGCCAGAAUCUCAAGCACUUUUAAUGAUAUAAAACAGCAGUUAAGAUGAGUAGUAAGUUGAGACUAAUAAGUUUGGCUUGUCUAGAUAGGAUUCAUUAAAAGUUUUUCAUCACUGGACUCAAGAUAGACUUGAAGUAAAGAGAUAAAUUAGGCAUUUCUAAAAAAGAGCUGGAUUUCUAAAAGGACAAAAAGAAAUAGUCAGUCAGUUUUAAGGUUAAAUAAAAUCAAAAGAAACCAGAAAUAGAUAAUUAUAGAUGACUUUACAGAGUAUUGCUGGCUAAUUGAAAGAAAAUGAUGCUAGAUUAUAAGAGGGAUUAAAGCUUAAAAUAGUCUAAGAAUAUAAUGAAUUGAAAAUACCUGAGAAAAUAAUAAAAGACACUUACUCUAACCAAUAGCUAUUAACUGAGAGAGUUUUAUCAAGAGAAAGAGAUCGAAAGACAAAAUAUCUGGAUAAAAUGCAAUUUUUAUCUCAAUAUAAAAAUCAAAUUACUCUUUUGAGAAGAGGUACUGAUUAAAACAAUACCCACGUAAAUUCAUCUUAAAAAAUCUCACCAGAUGUAAAUAUGGAUUUCAAUAAGGGAAACUUUGAGAAUGACUUUGAAGAUAGUGAGAGUCUCUAUUAGGAUAGGUCAAUGUAAAUGCAAGAGAUAUUUGAGAUAACAUAGGUGCCUUUAAACGUUUAACCUAUAUAAAAGCAAUAGGAUAAGAAGAUGAUCAUGAAUUAAAUGAGAAAAGCUGAUUAGGAGAUUAAGAGAAUGCACAUUCUAUAGAAGAGGUAAGCUGCACUUCAAAAGAUUGAAAAACAUGAUUCAAAAUAAAAAACUAUGGAAAGUAGCCCAAUAUAAAUACAUACGAUUCAACCAGUCAAGCGAGCAAUUCCGAGAGGAAAUUCUUAAAAAGACCUUAAUAGUUUAGUUCCUAUUAAUAGAAAGAACCAAUAAGUGGAUCUUAACCAAGACUUAUUCAUCCCUUAAGUAAUAAGAACAAACAGUUUAUCAAGAUUAUCAAGUAUGAAUAAAUCUAGAAGUUAGGUCAUUCUAGCCAAAUAUAAAGUUAAAAUGCAGAAGUCAAUCGAUUACUCAAGAAAUAAUAGUCAGGCCACCUUCGACGAAAUCGGGGAAAAAUAGAAUCUUAUAGCUAAUUAUUUGAAGAAAGUUGAGAGAAACUUCAAACUGCCUUUUAGUAAAUAGACUCAACCCAAGCCUAAAUAUGAAAACAAGAGAGUGCUUGAUAGAAUCAAAUCUACUGAGAGAUUGAAUGUGCAAUAAAAUCCAAUUCAAAGCUAGAUGAAUAUUCAACAAAUUGAGUCUACAAUUAAUCUGAUAAAUGCUCAGAAAAUGAGUAUUUCUUAUGAAAGGCCUCAACAAGUAGUAUCUAUGAAGAGUCAGCGCCACUAAAAACCUUAAGAUUAACAAGAAAUUUAAAGGCCAAGCACCUACAGAAAGACUUCUGAUUAUUCUGUUUAGGAUUCAUAGAUGGUAUAAACAAGCAAUAAUACCUAUGAUCAUGAUUCUAAUUAUUGGCGCAGAGUAUAUCGAUAUGAAUGGGCAGUUGGUAAAACCCGAAGUUCCAUUAAUUUGGCUUAGGGGUCUGGUGCUAUUGAAAAUUGA